CCGGCGGCGGAGACGGAAGCGACCGCGGGCCGAGUCGCCGGACCCCGGCCGGGGCGAUGUGGAGCGCGGGCAGCGGUCGAGCUGCGGGCCCGGCGCUGCUGGGGGUACUGCUGGCCCUCUCGCUGUCGGGGGGCCGUGCCGCCAAGACCGACGCGGGGCUCGUGACCUGCGGGUCGGUGCUGAAGCUGUUCAACACGCAGCACCGGGUGCGGCUGCACUCGCACGACAUCAAAUACGGAUCCGGCAGCGGCCAGCAGUCGGUGACCGGCGUGGAGGCGUCCGACGACGCCAACAGCUACUGGCGGAUCCGCGGCGGCACGGAGGGCGAGUGUCCACGCGGGUCCCCGGUGCGCUGCGGGCAAGCGGUGAGGCUGACGCACGUGCUCACCGGCAAGAACCUGCACACGCACCACUUCCCGUCGCCGCUGACCAACAACCAGGAGGUGAGCGCCUUUGGGGAGGACGGCGAGGGGGACGACCUGGACCUGUGGACCGUGCGCUGCUCAGGGCAGCACUGGGAGCGGGAGGCCGCCGUGCGCUUCCAGCACGUGGGCACCUCCGUGUUCCUGUCGGUCACUGGCGAGCAGUACGGGAGCCCAAUCCGGGGGCAGCAUGAGGUGCAUGGCAUGGCCAGUGCCAGCGCCCACAAUAAGUGGAAGGCCAUGGAAGGCAUCUUCAUCAAGCCCAGCCCAGAGGCCCCUGGGGGCCAUGAUGAGCUCUGAGUGCUGUGGACCGGGGGGUGGAGGCCAGCGGGGGGCGUUGUCUGCAGACGACUCUUGGGGGAGACUUUGGCUUUGUAGGGGUUCUCAAGUGCCUUUAUGAUUAAAGAAUGUUGGUCUGUGGUCGCACUUAA